AUGAUCUAUCCCAUAUCUGAUGAAGAGGUGAAGAAGGCUCUCUUUGUCAUUGGAGAGGACAAAUCUCUAGGUCCAAAUGGCUUCUUUACUGGAUUUUUUAAGAAGGUCUGGAAUGCUAUGCUGGUGAAUCUAAAUUUUCCAAAUCUAAUGAUCAAGUGGAUCAUGGAAUGUGUUUCUACAACCUUCUAUUCCAUCUCAUCAAAUGGAAGGUACCAUGGAUUCUUCAAAGGUAGAAAGGUUCUUCGCCUCUAUGACCCUCUUUCCCCACUACUUUUUGUGAUAUGCCUUGAAUACUUAUCAAGAAUGUUGAGGAUGCUAGAGAAUAAUGCAUAUUUCAAAUACCACCCCAAAUGUGAAGCCUUGAAAAUUUCUCACCUGGCCUUUGCAGAUGAUCUUAUACUCUUCUCACGAGGGGACUACAAAUCAGUUCAAAUCCUCAUGGGCUGUGUUAAUAAUUUUUCAGCUUGCUCAGGUCUAUUAGCGAACCCCCUUAAGUCUAAUUUAUACCAUGCUGGAGUUAAGGAGGAUGUGCUGGAAGGGAUUUUGCAGAUUACUGGGUUCAAUAUAAGGGAUUUUCCUUUUCAAUACUUGGGUGUACCACUUGCAGCUUCCAGAUUGAAUUCGAGCCAAUACUCUCCUUUGAUCAAUAAAAUUGCAAACCUGUUUAAAAGCUGGCCUAAAAAUACUUUAUCGUAUGCAGGUAAACUGGAGAUUAUUAAUUCUAUAAUCCAGGGAAUAGAAUGUUUAUGGCUUGCGAUAUUCCCCAUUCCGAAUAAUGUUUUGGAACACAUCGUAAAGCUGUGCAGAGCCUUCUUUUGGGGUGGUAGAAGGAAACCACUAGUGGCAUGGAAGGAGGUAUGCAUACCAAAAGAUGAAGGGGGCCUAGGGGUCUUUGAUCUAAAAGCUUGGAACAUGACACUUCUUUCAAAAACGUUGUGGAAUGUUCAAGCGAAAAAGGACUCUCUAUGGUCUAGAUAG